GCGCUAGCGUUUCUAAGCACUCGUGAUCCAGGUAUCCAGCUCGCAAAGCAAAGACACUCGCGCUUCCUCUAUUCUGUAGUAGUCAUUGCGCCAGGCACGUACGUAAGCCAUGGCCGGAGCAUGGAACAAGCGCAGCGUGCCGGCGCUGGGGUGGUGGCUCAUCGCUGUCGGAACCUUCCGCUCCGCCUUCACCUGGUCCUGCUUCUUCGGUUCCGCGUCGCUCUGCUCGAGCACCUACUCUGAGAUACCAAUGACCGGAGUACAUGGGCGAACGGUUGCGGUGUGGACUCUGCUGUCGUGCACGCUGUGCUUCCUGUGUGCCUUCAACCUCGGCAGCAAGCCGCUCUACGCAGCCACCUUCCUGUCCUUCGUCUACGCCCUCGGCUACCUUGCCGUCGAGUGCUUUGUGUGCCACACCAUCCGUGCAGCUAGUCUCACCACAUUCAUCUUCGUCGCAGGGAUAUCCAUGGCCUGGAUGCUGCUUCAGUGGAACUCCGAUGGCCAUGGCCCCCGUCCCCAAGGUGCUACCAAGCAGCACUGAUCACAUGGUUCUUUAUUUUCCUGUCAAAAUAGUGGGUAUCUCCUGUGCCAGUUAAUAUAAUCAAGUAAUGUUAAUAAGAGACUUUGCAGGGUCUCUAACACUUGGCCUAUAUGGGAUUAUUCUGUAAUAUUUUUUCAAAUAACAAUGAAAACCUCUAGCAUUCAGAUGAAGGGACACACACAA